AUGGAACUUGUUCCUGAAGAUUGUUUUGCACACAUUUUAUCAUUUACAUCACCAAUCGAUGUUUGUAGAGUUUCUCUAAUUUCUUCAGUCCUUAAAUCCAUGGCAGAUUCAGAUCAUAUAUGGGGGAAAUUCUUACCACAUAAUUAUGAAGAAAUAAUUUCUAGACUGGUGGGUCCUCCAUUGUCGUUUUCCUCAAACAAAGAGCUAUUUGCGGCGUUAUGUAAACCGCUACUACUUGACGACGGUAACAAGAUAUUUUGUAUUGAGAAAAGAAGAGGCAAAAUAUGUUACAUGUUAAGUGCAAGGGAGCUUUCAAUAACAUUUGGAAACACUCCUCUCUAUUGGUCAUGGAAACAUGUUCAAGGCUCAAAGUUUGCAGAAGCUGCUGAACUAAGAACCAUUUGGUGGCUAGAAAUCAAGGGAACUAUAAACAUUGAAAUUCUAUCUCCAAAAACAACAUACAAAGCAUAUUUAAAAGUGAAAAUUGCAGAUCGUGCUUAUGGGUUAGAUUUGUUGCCAUCAGAGGUUUCUAUUGAGGUUGGUAAUUAUAAAUCAUGUGAAAAAGUUUAUAUACAUUCACUGUGUAAAAGAAAUGGAAAAGGCUCUUGUGAUUGUGAGUGUGAUGGUGAGUGGUUGGAGAUUGAGUUGGGGAGUUUCUACAGUGAAUCAGUUCAAGUUCAAGAGGUGAGAAUGUGUCUUAAGGAAGUUGAAGGUGUGCACUUGAAAGGUGGGUUAAUCAUUGAUGGAAUUGAAUUAAGACCUGUUUGUUAA